CCGGCUCCGGCUCCUGCUCCUGCUCCUCGGCAGCGCCGCACGCCGCGGGCGCCCACAGCCGCCGCCGCACCGGGCUGGGCCCCGCAUCGCGGUCGUGCGGGCCGUGCCGUGCCGUGCCGCCGAGCUGCGGCCCGAGCGGCGGAGCGGGCUGCGCCGGAGGGAUUAAUGGUGCCGGCUUUCUGCGCGCAUUUCGCGGGGAGCGGCGGGCUGCGGGGGGCGGCGGCGGGGCAGGUGGCAGGAGCGAGCUGGCUCGGGCGGGCGGCCGCCGCGCGGUUGUUUCGCCCGGGGUAAGUUGGCCGAUUCCCUCGGGGGGCUUCAUUCCGAGGCUUGCCUCCCCAUUCACUGCCACCGCGAGCCCCGCUGGGGGUGGGGGAGAGGUAGCAUUUUUUUUCUUUCCCUUUUUUCCCCCCCUCUUGGGUUGCUUUUUUAUUAUGGGGUCCGCGGAGGAGCAGAUCUUCCAGGCUGGCGUUGCUCUUCUUCCUUGUCCAGCGCUCUGUGGAGGACUACAAUAUUUCUUCCCCAAGAUGCUGCAGUAAAUUUUAGUCCCAGGAAAUCAGGCGAACAAAAUAACCCAAAUAACCCGAACCAUUUGUUACUGUUUAUGAACAAACGCUGUCUAGGCACAGAUGAUGGCAAAAAAUUCCCUGGAAGGGUCUAAAGAAGACCUGAGCAAAAUUUCAGAAGAGGAGAUGCUGAGGUGGAGCAAGGAAGAGCUAGUGAAAAGACUGAGGAAAGUGGAGAAUGAAAAGAUGAACUUAAUGGUGGAACACGGCAACUUAAUGAAGGAUGUGAACCGGCGGCUGCAGCUCCACCUGCAUGAGAUCCGCGGGCUGAAGGAGGUGAACCAGAAGUUGCAGGAUGAUAACCAGGAGCUGAGGGAGCUCUGCUGCUUCUUGGACGACGACAGGCAGAAAGGCAAGAAGCUGUCGAGGGAAUGGCAGCGGUUUGGGAGGCACACGGCCAGUGUGAUGUGGAAGGAGGUGGGCAUAUACCAGCAGAAGCUGAAGGACUUGGAGGCGAGGCAGGAGACCCUGCUGAGGGAGAACGUGGAGUUGAAGGAGAUGGUGCUCAUGCUGGAUGAGGAACGGAGUGGGGCUGGCUCACGGAGCUCCAUCGACAGCCAGGCCAGCCUCACCAACCUCAAUGGUGGGUCAGGCACCAGGGACGUGGGGGACGGGAGCAGCACCUCCAGCACAGGCAGUGCAGGCAGCCCUGACCACCAUCAUCACCACCUCCACCACCACAAGCCUGGCGACAGCAAGGCCGGGGCCAUGCGGAGGUCUAUGGAUGACCUUUCUGCGCCCCUUCACCACCGGAGCAUCCCCAACGGCCUCAAUGAUUCGUCUUCCAACUAUAUCAGGCAACUUGAAACAAAAGUGAAACUGCUGGAGGAUGACAACAAGCUUCUCUCUCAGCAGUCCAGCACUGGGGAUUUGAGGACUCUCAGAAAAGGGUUAUCCCCGUACCACUCUGAGUCACAGCUGUCUUCACUGCCGCAGUAUCAAGAUGCCAUGCAAAAUGGACCAGCUCGCAUGACAUCUGAUCUUGGGUCUUCUCCUGCAGCAGGGUAUGUCCCUGUUGGCCAGAAACCAGAGGCUGUUGUACAUGCUAUGAAGGUCCUUGAGGUCCAUGAAAAUUUGGACAGGCAAAUGCAAGAUAACUAUGAAGAAGACCUGAGUGAAAAGGAGAAAGCGAUUGUUCGUGAAAUGUGCAAUGUUGUCUGGCGAAAGCUGGGUGAUGCUGCAAGCUCCAAACCCUCCAUCAGGCAACAUCUUUCGGGAAACCAGUUCAAAGGUCCAUUGUAGGAAUAUCAUCCGUAGACUGGAAGUGACUCCAUGAAGACUAAAAGAGAGAGAGUUACUGUUUGUGGCUACCUGUUUCGGGAGAUUGGGGGGGAGGGAGUUGUUUUUUUCAGGCUUUUUCCUAUUUUUGCUUUUUUUGUAACUGUCAAUAGUGUAAAUAUGGCAGCUAAAAGCCUGAUUUCAGGCUGUGGUGCUCUGGAACCAACGUUUGAUGGGUAACCAUUCAGUAAUGCCAGACUUGCAUCAUUUGUAUUGUAGUUCAAACCUGCUUUGUUGUAUGGUCUGUUUGUAGAAUUAACUUGAGAGAAUUUCUAAAAAGAACAAGAAGAAACCUUAACCUGCAGAGAAGUCACAGUUUGUAUUGCUUCUGUCCACCUGCUUGUUAACUGAUUCAUAACUAGGCUAGCGGCUCCAGGCAGCACGUUUUUGGAACCUUCCAGGGAAAGAGCAAUUUGGAUUCAUUGGUUUACGGGCUGCCAAUUUCCUAAGCUGCUACUUCUUUUUUUUUUUUUUUUUUUUUUUUUUUUUUUUUUUGAGGUCCUUAUUUUGGGGAAUGACAUAUGACUGUUUUCACAAGGCGCUGUGUAAAACACUGAGCGGAGGGAUUAAACACUUUUACCGCUUCAUACUUUGUACUGUGGUACUCAUCUCACAAGCAUACAGAAAAGCUUGAGACUCCAUAUGAGCUGUUAAUGACUGAUUUUCCAUGAACAAAUGACACUUAAAUUUCAGUAGUCAUAAUGUGAAUGAAUUGAAGUCACUUAGCCAGACACCAGUAUUCCCUACAAAUACAGCAACGCUGUUGCUGUAAAGCUUUUAUUAAUUCAGCAGAAACAGCCGUCCUAGCAGCACUUAAGGCUUUCACAGUAUCUUCAACAGCAGCUCAUCUUUCACAUACGGAAGAUUUGGAUAUUUUUUUAAAAUGUUUUUGCUGGAACCCUCACUUAUAUUGGUUACUGUGUAAGGUAACCAAACAACAACCUCGCAGAGCUGAAUAAAAACUGGAUUAUUAACAUGGGCUGUCGGGUAAGAUUACUUGCUGCUAUUGAAGCUUUAUUUUUGUUAAUAAACCAAAACAAGUGCGUUUUUCCUUCUUCAAAUGGUUGUACAUAAAAACAAUGGGACUUAUAUUUUGUUAGUGUGGUGUAGCUGCUUGUGUAGGUGUAGUAAGAAUUUGACACCCUUUCUUUUCCAAUUUGUCAUAGCAACUGGCCCUGUAUUUCAGUAGACGUUCCUUCCCAUCUUUUCCCAAUAGUCCAAGGAAGCUGGGUGUUGUUAUUAAACGCAUUGGUGUUAAAUAAUGUUAAAGACUAGCAUGUGUAAAGAUCAACAUCUCCUCUUCAAAAGUUGCAUUGUCUUAGUGAUUAGUUUGAAGAUUUAAUGACUUCAAACCUAACCACUUUCUUUUUAUUCUCUGUAAGAAACGGUUGAAUUAGCUGGACAGGGUCUUGCUGCUAAAAAAAAAUUGUUCAACUAGUUGAAUUCUUGACUACUGUUAUUACAUUGAUAAGGAGCACCAACAAAAAAACAAGGAACUAGUGCUUGCAAGUAAUAAAACUCUAACAUGCAGUGUCAAAGCUUGGUCUAUAGCCAAUAAAAAUAUAAGGAAUAUAACAAAAAUACAUAUUAACCAGUAAGUGUAAGAACCACUUCAUUAUGGGGUGUAGAAACAAAAACAUAUGUGUCAAGAUGAGUAGUUUAUUUAAAAAAGAAGAAAUCAAGAAGAUACUCUGCCCAACUCAACCCAGCCACUCACCGUAACUUACUUCUUAACUAUUGCUGAGUGAGCAGAUAGAGAGCUGGCUAACUGUAACUCUAGGAAGUAUUUGCAUCCAGUGUAAGUCUGGAAAAAUCAAUUCUAGAAUAUGACUGUCUCUGUAGAAGAUUCCUGAUUUCCUCCCCUUUGUUUUGUUUUGCCUAUUUUUUUAUUGCCCUCCAGUUUCUACUAGCCCUUGAUUAUUUUUUUUCCUCCUGUACGAUUUAUACCCUGCGAUUUUCAUAUCAGAAAAGGUGACUUUUGCCCCUUCCAGAGAAAGGCAAAUCAGACACAUCAUUCUUUAACAUCUAAUGUUUAACAGAGGAUUUCUUUAUCUGCUCAUUAGCCCAUUUUAAUUUUGAUGGUAACUAAUCUCUGGAUUAAGACAGAGAAUUUAAGCAUGUUGGGAGCCAGGUUAAUUUAUGCCAGUGAGUUUUAACUAAAGUAAUGUAAACAUUACCAACACUUGUAGGAAGUAACUGUGUUGAUGACAUGCUUAUUAUUUUAGGAGUAUAUUAGACUAGCAGGUCCUCUCAACCAGAUGAGCUAUGCUAAUCAGAGUAUUAGUCUCACCAUUAAGCUCUCAAACAAACAUAGCCGUUACAAAACUUCUCUCAAAAUCUAUUUGGUGACAUUAGGCAAAGUCUGUUUCAUUCUACCUGCAGAUCUCACCUACAAGGGAUGUAGUGCUGUAAUCAAGGUCCAGUAGGUUUAUAAAUCCUAAAAAGCCAAUUUACAGGGCAGCCAGUUAGUUCAGUUGAAUAACCUAUAUAUUUGUAGGGUAUAAUCUGUAUUUUUUAAUGAUUUUAUUUGGCAGAAUAAGCCUUAGAGGCAAGGUGUGCAUUUUUGAUUUAACAGAAGAACAUAACAGUGCUGUAUAUGCU